CACGGGCGCCGCGUGGACGGCACCGCAGACGGCCACACCCAGAGACAUAGAGGGAUGGACCCCAGCCGGCCUCUAUUACCGUUCCUUCCUCCUCUCUCGCGCCCCCUUCGCCAACUCACCCGUCCGCGGCCGCGGGAAACACCGGGACGGGGGAAAGGCCGGCCCCGACGUGCGAGAGCGGCCACACGGGGACGGACGGCGACGGCGACGCGGGAAAGACGGCGACGACGACGAGGAGGAGCCCCGAGGGACCGCGGCGCCAGCAACCCCGGCGGAUCGCGGAGGGCCACCCUCGCGCCGAGCUCAUAGUCAAGUUCGACCGUCUUCUCAGCACUCCGCCAGGGCCGUGGGCCGACCCCGGCGGGGCCGAUCCGAGGGCCUCACUAAACCAUCCAAUCGUUUCAGCUUUGCAACCAUACUCCCCCCGGAACCCAAAGACUUUGGUUUCCCGGAAGCUGCCCGGCGGGUCAUGGGAAUAACGCCGCCGCAUCGCCAGUCGGCAUCGUUUAUGGUCGGAACUACGACGAGGGGGGACGGGCGGGGGGGGCAAGCGGGGGCGCGGAGGACGCGGGGGGGGGCGGCCGAGCGCACGGGAACGCAACCACCGGGGGCGGCCGACCGCCGGCACGCGGCAAACCCGGGCGAGCGAGGGGAGAGAGAGGGUGACACGGGCGAGCGACAACGGGGGGCUCGCCUCCUCACCUCCCCCGGCACCCGGCGCCGCGGGCCGACGGAACGGGGCGCGCCCGGGCGGCACGGCCGCACGGCGGCGCCCACACACCGCGAACCCGACCCCACACCCCCCCACCCACCUCCCUCCCGCCGCGGGGGGGAGGGGCGGAAGGAACGGAGAGGGAACACGGGCAAACCAGGGCAUCCGUCUGUCUCUCCACGGGGACCAGACGUCAACCAGCGUGAGCGAGGAGAGGGCAGAACCCGGCCAGCGGGCGAUGGCGAGGAGGAGACGGGGAGCCAACGAGGGGGAGCGAGGGCGGCGAGGCGGAUCCCCGGCCGCCGCACACCAGAACGACCGGGCGGGCCCGACCGGCCCGAGGGCACACACAAGGGUGGGCGCGGAGCGGGCGCGGGAAGGGAGGGAGGCGCGGACCUCGAUCCGGGAGACCGAGGCCACCGACCAGCGAACGCCGGCAGCGACCCGGAAGACCGACACCGACGGGCCAAGCCGGCCGCCGACGCGACCCAACCAACAACCGCCACCAUCCGGGACGGCGGCGCGGGCACACGGGCGCAAGCGGGCCACCGCGCGGUGACGAGCAGAGAGAGGAAGAGCACGGAGAGGGCAGGGGAACCCGUGGCCGGGGGGGGUGAAGGGCACCGCACCGCACCCAAGCGCGAGGGCACCGCAUCACCGACACCCCGCCUGCCGGCCCGGCGGGCACGGGAGCGACGGCGCGCACACACGGACGGGGGAGGAGAGCCAGGCCCCUCCUCCGCCCGGAGGCGGCGCGCCGACGUCCACGGCCCAGCCGGCCAGCCGGCCGGGUCGCGUGCGGCGCACACCCGGGCGGCCAGGAAGCCGGGGGUGAACACACACAACGCGACGCACGCCACACGGCCACGGGGUUCUUCUCCGCCUCCCUCAGAAGCCGGCCCGAAUUCACUCGCUCGCACGGACGCGGGGGCCGAGCGCACAACGACCCGCGCCGCCGCGGACCGGCGGUGCCGGCAGGGGGUCGGGGGUCCGCGGCGACGACCCGUCGGCGACAAGUCACCGGCCAACGGCGGCGGCCGGAGGCGGCGGCAGGGACCCCGGGAGGCGGGCGACACCAAACCCAACGCACGCGAGCGCGCUCACACGCGGACACCGCCGGCACAGAGCGGACGGGGCCAGGCACGGGAACCGGGGUCGCGCCGGGCACGCGGCGGCAACGCGCCGAGAGAGCACAACACCCCGGAUCCGGGACCGGGGCGGGGACGAAGCCACACGGCUCGAGACGGAGGAGACGAUGCGGGCAAGCCUACGCACGGCGAGCAGGAGGGAGGCGCGGGAACCCGGGACGACAAACGCGCAGGCGCGCGAGGCGGCGCCCAGCGGGAGGAGACACGGUCACGCCGGCUUCGGGCCCUCGGACGGCCAACUCCCGAGCGAGGGACGCACGCGGGAAUCUCACCACCAUCGCCCCCGCGGCGUAAACGGACGCGGGAUCUCACCACCCCCAACUCCGGGGCGGUCCCGCGCAACGCCUGGGACACCGAGCCGGCCGACCAGCGGACCGGAAACCCCCACCGCGGCAGCGGCGGGCCCCCCCAAAAGAGGCCCGGAGAGGGAAAAGGCAGCUCUCGCACACACCUCAAAGACCCCGCGAGCGCCCGCGGAGCCGCCCGCGCCAGGCAGGGCCCCACCGCAUCCAUCCACGCCGCCGGGCACAGCACCCAUCAUCGACCGCCUCUCUUUCGGCCGUGUGAGCAGGGCCCACACACACCGGGAUCCUCGGCUCCGGAGGGCCAGAACCCCCCCGAGCGGCACACCACCACGGGCACGGCGGCCGCGGAACACCGCGGGGCCCAGCGCCCGCACAGCGCCGUCGUCGCCAACGGGCGGCGGCCCACACAGACGCUCGGGAACCGCGUCGCCAGGGGCCGGAGGGGGAGGGGGACGGGACCCCCAAAAACCCCACGGCACCCCAAGCACGAGGCCGGGAAGCCACACACCACACGCCCUCGCAUCGCGACCCAGCACAGGCUCCAGGGCUCCGCCACUCGACACACCGCACGCGAGGCAGGGGCGGGGACGGAUCGGGAACGUCCUCCACUCACCACACCAGACGACGGCCCGGGAGAGGCCCCGCGGGACCCUCCCCCAGCUCGGAGGGGGGAGGCGCGGGCACGCAGUCACCAACGCGGGCAGCCACUUACGCUCAAAAGCGGGACAGGGAGCGGCAGGGCCGCGGGAACCCAUCGGGGGCGGGCCCCCGCCAACCCAGCAGCGCACGCCGCUUCCCGAACGAGGAUCGCUAGAGAACCUCUCCUCACUCUGAGGGUGGCCCGCACCCAACCCCGACGGGAACCCCGCCGGGACCAGCACACCACCUCAAAGGCGUCCAUCCUUCCCACCACGGGGGCAGCCCCACGAACCCAAGGACGGCCGGGACACACCGCGGGCGGCAGGCUGGCACAGGCAGCGGACAACGCCAGGAUCGGGAACGACACCACCACUCAGCCUCAGGCACCUGAGAGAACCGACCGGGAGCGUUCCGGGAGCACCGCGAGAGGGCAGAGCGCGAGGCGCGGCUUUGCACACCACACAGCACGGGCAAGCACGGAGCACCGACCCUCCCUCUCCGCGGAGAGAGCCGACCCCCGUACCGAUAACGAGUCACGGGAAGAGAGGAGCAAGAUCAGGGCACCCCCCUCCUCCAGCGUGUACAAGUCCCCGACCUCACGGCGAGGGCAGGGAGAGCGCAGCCGGACCCGGUCGCCGCACCCCUGCCUCCCCGCACACCACCGGCGCCGGCACGGUGGGACGGCGAGGGCAGGGGCCCACGGGCAGAACGAGAAGAGCGGUCCCAUUCGCCAUGAAUGUCCGUCCCUCGCCUGGCGCAGCUUAGGCCCGGGCCCGAAGGAGAUCGCAACGUCACCACAUCAAUCACACCGAGGGGGUGGAGAAGACAGCCACACGGCACUCGGGAGGCGGUGGCCCAGGAAGCUCGGCUCCCGGGAGGGCCAACAGCCUGGGAAUAAAAGCGUACCCAGGACAGACACCCUUUCGCAUGGGCCAGAAUCCAGCACCGGGAGCGGGGGAGAGAUCAAGGACGACGGGACUCAACUCAGCCGCCAGCCACCACCCAACCGCCACCACAACCACGAGCCACCACAGGGACAGGGCCUGCUCAGGGCAGCGGGAGCCCGGGGUGCGGGGUGGAAAGGACAGGGGGACCCGGACCGGGAAGAGACGGGAAAGGCCCGGCACACAGCAUCCGAGAGAGCCCCAAAAGACCCGCUGACAGCCACCGGGACACGGCAUGCCAGCACCCUCCUGCAGACGCGAGGCACCCACUCCGAGAGGCACCCAACCACCACACCCACACCGCGCGGGGUCAGUGGUGAGCACCCUGCCACCAGCACGCACCCACCCGGGACUCCCGGGCUCGGGUCCCCGACUCCCGAGGUGCUCCCUCCGCCUCGAUCUUUCCCCUACGCAGGGCCCACCGGGCAAGUCCCCGCCAUCGCGCACGCCGCAGAUGAACGAGGGGACUGUCAUAUCAAAGCGGACGCCAGGGGGAGCACGACAACCGCCUUCCAACGACCGACUCCACCGAGCCGCCGUACCCCGGAUCGGCGCGCGCCGGCCGGCUCAGAGCUCCGGAGACACAGAACACGGAAACAAAUCGCCUCACUCCAGAGGCACAACCUAGGUCAGGACCCGCAGCCGGGUCCUCUCUGCGACCUCACGAGCGACACCAGAGCCACCAGAGACCUAGACCGAGAUCGAGCCGAGCCGCCGCCGCCGCCGCCGCCGCCGCCGCCGGCGGCGACCAAAGUGAAACCAGGAACCAGGACGGGGUUCGCCCGAACGGAGCGGCCCGAACCCGAGAAAAAGGGAAGCCGGGAUCGGUCCCAAGCAGGAAGGGGCGGCAAAGACGGCAGGCCUGCACCACGAGAGAAAACGAACCGGCCACCCGCACGACCUCCGCCGCCCGUGGCAAGACCCCCACCCCCGCCCAACGGCCAGAAAAGGGCAAGAUUCGGGGCACGAGGCGAUGAAUCUAAACCCUACACACAGGUGUUGGAGGGUAGCGGCAUCAUCACUCACACGCCUGUGGUGGAGGACCUGGACCUGGGCGUGGCGGUGCACA